AUGGAAUUAGCAACAAUCCCACAAAAUUCCUCAGCUAUGAGCACAACAGGAACAAAUGGUUCACCUCAACAUAAUCAAGAGAGCGGAAGUAGUGAACAAAAUGAUCAACAAAAGGAGAGAGUUGGAGGAAAAAAGAAGACUAAACGAAGGGUUUUUUAUUUUUUAAAUUUUUGGGGAAAUUUUUGA